AUGCCGUUUGCUUCUUUCAAGAAUAUACAGAAACGGAACGCGCGGUUGCACAAAGAAAGGUCUCAACCGGCUGCUCGUUCGAAAUUGGGACCUCUGCCCAAAAAGAAAGAUUUUAUUCUUCGCGCUAGAGACGAUGAAACUAAACGAAAUCGACUUCGUGAUUUGAAGCGCAAAGCGUUGGAUAAGAACGAAGACGAGUUUUAUUUUGCUAUGCAUAAUUCAGCACUUUCAGCGGAGAGAGGUCACAUUCCACUAGUGGACAAAAAGGAAUACAGCGAUGCCGAACUAGAUGAAUUGCUAUCGCGUGAUAUUUUGUACCUUCGGAAUGAAUUGCAAUUAGAGAGGUCGAAGAUACGCGAACUGGAGUCGCGCUUUAGUCUGCUUCCUGCUGACCCCUCU